ACACGGAGGUGGAGCCGUUCUUGUACCACGAGGUCCGUCAUCACCCGCUUCAAUCUCAAUCAGUGCAGGUGGCUGAAUUUGACUCUCACUCACAGGGAUGUUCCCCCUGUCGUAGGCUCGCACAAAGGUCUCACAUGUCACCGAUCACUCUGUCGGCUACUCAAUACACCAAAGACGACAUCCCUAUUGUCUUGACGAUCAAGUUUGGAGACAUUGCCAGGGUAGUGCCUUAAGUCGCAUUAAGCAUACGUAGCUUCGUCAUUCACAGGAAGGUUCCUGGUGAUUUGACAUCAUGAAGCGGCUUCGACACAUUCUUGCAGCGACUUUCCUUCUUUCGGGACUCUGGUUCAUUUUCACACAGCAUGGGUCUACAUUUCUUAGCCCCGAGCCAGCCAAUCUACAUGGCGGCCCCCCGACAAAGAUUCAACAGACACAUGAUUUAUCAGACCAGACCGAGAAAACCGCGUUAGCAUUGCAGACCACAUCGGCAUCAGACAAGCUCGUGCAAGCGCCCAGUACACCGGUCCCUCAAAGCACAGAUCCUCCGUCAGACUCACUCCUCGGCUUCGACUUCCAGGCCGAUCUCAAUCUCAAUCUUCCCGCCGACACCUUCACUAGCCUGAGCAAACACUCACCACACAACUAUGACCCCAAUGGCGCUAAAUCUUACGCUUAUGCGACCUUCUUCGCGUCCCGCAACCCUUCGAUAGAGGACCCCUACUUUCUCGCUAUCCACUCCCUGGUCUACCGUAUUCUCUGGUCGCCACGCUCCAAAACCUCAAAGUACCCAUUUGUAGUCUUUGUAGGCGACUUUGUAUCCCCGGAGCAGCGCCGCCUCCUAGCAGGCGCCGGCGCAGUUGUCCGCGAACUCGCGCCUCUCCCCUGGCAGCCGACGGACCAGAGUGUGCUGGAGCGAUGGAAAGAUCUGUUCGCGAAGCUGCACAUGUGGAACGAGACCGACUUCAGCCGGAUCCUGUUCCUCGAUGCUGAUGCUUUCCCCAUUGCGCCGAUCGAUGACAUGUUCGAGCUCAAGAAAGUGCGCGGCUGCAUCGAGUCCAAGAUGCAGCUUGAUGAUUUCUUGCCUGGUGGUGAGCCUGUUUGCGAGCAGUAUAUUUUCGCUGGUGUGCCGAUGGAUCCGUACUCGAUUUUUGAUGCUAAUAUCAAUGUUGGGAGUAUGGUGUUUACGCCCAAUACUAGACAGCAUCAAAGGUUGGUCCAAAACUAUGUGAAGUUUGACAAGUACGAUGUCAAGAUGGCGGAGCAGGCUUUCUUGAAUUGGCAGUUUGGGGUCAACUCGGCUUAUCCACCCGGCAUGCUUGAGCGGGAGUAUGGCGCUUUCUUUCCGAAGGAAGGUGGUGAGAAGGGACUGAAGGUAGUACAUGAGAAGAUCUGGGCAGUACAGCGAGGCGUUUGGAAGGAAGAGUGGGAGAAUACUUGGAAAGAAAUGACACAUUUCUAUGCGAGCGAAGAGUUUCUAGCAGCAAGAAGGGCCGACGGAGAAAGCAUAGAUUAGACAUUGAUACGGUUGUAGACAUUGAAAUUCAGCGACAUCAAUUGCAGGGAGGCUUUUUGCACAUGUGA